AUGCCGUUCCUUCACUCCGUCACCUUCUCUGCCGCGUCCAUCAGCCUUGAACUGCUCCUCUCCAUGUGCGCCGUUGGCGCACUAUUCCGCUUCCAGCCUGCCUUGGGUUACCAGCUCUACGCCGGUGCGCAGGCCCUGAUUUCUCGGCGGUUGAGCCAACGGAGCCGUGCUGUCUUGGAUCGUCUGGCCAACGAUUCUCAAGGAAGACAUGGUAUACCGAGGUCUCCUACAGGACCUCUCACCUUCGCCAGCUCCGCUUUGAAUGGAUCCAGAUCGGAGACAGAAGGCAAUAACCUUCAGCUGCUGCAAGCUAUGAUAGUACUCAUGGCGAUGGCGUCUUGGGGCGAUCAUGAGCUUACACAAGACGCCCUCUCCAUGUCCAGCCGGGUCGCCAUGCUUGCCCGAGAGUUGAAGAUUUCCGACCCUGAAGAGCCACCUCCAAAUCAGCCAUGGGGCGACGGUAUAAAACAUGAAGAGCGCCGUAGGACGCUGUUUGCCGCUUACGUCCUCCUCAACCUUCAAUCCAUAGCUUUCAACGUGCCGCCGCUGCUCCUGAGCCAAGACGUCGCCAUCAACCUGCCAGGGUGCGCGUCAAGCUGGCAAGCACCCAACGCCGCCGAGUGGUCCACGUUACGGGACACGUACAUGACGCCGAGGCCGUUCCAGGAGAUUCUGAACGAGUUGCUGUCGGGAAAGAGCAUCCACCGUGAAUCCGCUGUCUCGUCUUUCGGGAAUUACGUUCUCAUACAUGGCCUACUCCAACAGGUCUUCCUCGCUCGCAAUGCGGCUGGAUGCCUUCCAGACGCAGGAGAUGCCUUGAGCGACGGCCUCGUCGAAAAGUUGCACCUUGCACUACGUGCCUGGCAAGAAUCCUGGGAGGCGACAUACGAGUCCACGACGGACCCCUCGUCCCCCAAGGGGCCCCUGGGAUUCAACUCGACCGCCAUCCUUCGCUUGGCCUACGUUCGGCUGAGCGCCAACUUCGGACCCAGUCAGCAGCUCCUCUUCGCAAGAGAUCCCCAGGUCAUAGCCAAGGCGUUUUCGUCGAGACGCGCCAUCAAGGCCGAGGACAGGUCACCCCGCCUUGACCAGGCGGUGCUGCAGUGCAUCCACGCCCUGAGCAUUCCUGUCAGGGUCGGCAUCGCGUUCGUGGCGCGCAGCCAGACGAUGAACUGGAGCGUCGAGCACGCCCUGUGCAACCUUGAGUGCGCGUUCCUCCUGGCGCAGUGGCUCCUCGUGAUAUCGGAGUGCGUCGAGGCGGUAGGUGUUGGUGCGUUGCGUGCUGAAGAGCGCAGGUUGGUGAGUGUAGUCGUGAGUUUGGUGCGGGAAACCGAGCUCGGGGGCGCCCUUGACGAAGACGGCCAGAACCACGCCGUUCAGAUCAAGAAUCUGGCAAGCUCCACUGUGUUUUUGUGGGCGCAGACGUUCAAGGGGUCCCAUGUCUUUGAUAUAGUUCAACUUAUUGGUAGCGGGUUGACAAUAUUAGCAGGGGCUUUGGGAGGACAACACGACAUGGCCACAAUCUGA